CUUUGCUUAUAGCUCACAUUUCACGAAACAGCUCACUACUUACUUUCUUUUAAAUCAAUCCCAUUUUUUCUUCCAUUUGAAAACUCUUAAAUCAUUCUUCAAUCGUCCUCUUCCUCUGAAAAUCUUCUAAUAAAGAAGAAAACAGAGGAAAGAGAAGAAGAAGAAGAGUGAACAAUGAAGAACGGAUCAGGGAACACGAACACGAAGCUAAUCCUUCUUCAUCCUUACAUCCAAAAACAAACGAGCACAACUCGUUUAUGGCUUCUCGCUUUCGUCUCUUUCUUCACCAUCGUGUUCCUCCUAACUCUCCUCUACACUAGAGACACAAUCCCUUCCAAAAACACCUCCGUCGCCGCCGCCGUAGCCGCCGUCGUCACCGGAGGAUCACCAUCUUCAUCAUCAUCUCCCAUCUCCAACUCUAACUUACCAACGAGUGCAAUCAACGCAUUGCUUCACUACGCGUCAAGAUCCAACGACAGUUUCCACAUGUCUUACGGAGAGAUGAAAUCUAUCUCCGACGUCCUCCGCCGCUGCGCUCCGCCGUGUAAUCUUCUCGUUUUCGGACUAACACACGAGACUCUCCUUUGGAAAUCGUUAAACCACAACGGUAGAACAGUCUUCAUCGAGGAGAAUCGUUACUACGCGGCUUACUUUGAAGAAAUCCACCCGGAGAUAGACGUUUUCGACGUUCAAUACACGACGAAAGCUCACGAGGCCGGAGAGCUCGUUACCGCGGCUAAAGAAGCCGCGGGAAACGAGUGUCGUCCCGUGCAAAAUCUUCUCUUCUCAGAUUGUAAACUAGGUCUUAAUGAUUUGCCUAAUCACGUCUACGAUGUUGAUUGGGAUGUUAUCUUUGUGGACGGGCCACGUGGCGAUGCUCACGAAGGACCGGGGAGGAUGUCGUCGAUUUUCACGGCGGCGGUUCUUGCUCGGAGCAAAAAGGGCGGGAAUCCGAAGACGCAUGUGUUUGUGCAUGAUUAUUAUAGAGACGUUGAGAGGCUUUGUGGCGAUGAGUUCUUGUGCCGUGAGAAUCUUGUUGAGUCUAAUGAUUUGCUUGCACACUACGUGUUGGAUAAGAUGGAUAAAAACAGCACGACGUUUUGCAGUGGUCGUAAGAAACGUUCGGUUUCGUCUUUGUCUUAGAACUUACGUGAGAAGACGUCGUCAUACAUAUUUGCUUAAUGUAAAAAAUAAAGUUUUUCCCUUUGAAGGUUUGCUUUUUUGCUGGUGUAAAGUUUAUUGAAGACUUUAAUUUAAUCAAAUCAUUUUUUA